AACUCAGGCCCAACGGAUUCUGACUCUCUUCAAUGGCCCACGACGCCUCUGCUGCUCCUACUCCGGAUGGAAUAUCUCUCGUUCUUUCCAGUCCUGGGACUGUCUCUCCUGUGCUACAGGUGCUGGACCUGAAGGCCCAAGGGAGUUCCCGAUACAAGUCUCAACUUAGUGACGGCAAGAGGAAGAUCCCUGCUGUACUGAGCUGCUUGAAUUCCGAAAUCCUGUCAGGUGGUCUGCUGAACAUGGGCUUGGUUAAGCUACUGGAUUACACUGUCAGCACUAUUGUCAAUCAAAAGGUGCUUCUCGUGUCUAACUGCGAGGUAGUCAGGUCUCAAUGCGAGUCUGAGUUCUCUUCAUCAACUGAAGUUACGGCGACUGGUGAUGGACACGCAAAGUCAGCGGUGAAGAUAGAGCCUGGUAGUGAUCUGAAGAUGACCGAAGAUGCAUUUACCAACGGGGGCAUUGAGCUGAAGCCCAAAGCAAAAAGUCAAGCCUUCGCGGCGACCGUCAAAAGCGCCUCGCAGAUUAUUAAGGAGCAGAGCGGAUUUGCUGCUCCAGCCAUUACGAAAGGGAUAUCACGGAGGGUGUACCCUCUAGUGUCUCUCAACCCGUACGAGUCAUUAUGGACGAUUAAAGUCAGAGUGACAAGCAAGGGGCCGAUGCGCACCUUCUCCAAUGCUCGUGGUUCGGGGAAUCUUUUCAACGUCGAGCUCACUGAUGAGGAAGGAACUCAAAUUCAGGCCACAAUGUUCAAGGAGGCCGCUGACGAGUUCCACAACAAGCUUCAACUCGGGAAGCUAUACUUUAUCUCGAAUGGUAUUUUGAAGGCAGCAAACAAGCGUUACUCAAAUCUUAAAAAUGACUAUGAGAUGACUCUAAGCACGAAGUCAACAGUCGAAGAGAUACCUGAAGAGGAUGGAAAAGACAAAGUGAUUCCUCUUCUGAAGGUCAAUGUCGUAAAGAUCGCGGACAUGGCCCCCUACGUUAAUGCAAGGGAACUUAUAGAUGUGAUUGGAGUUGUACAAACUGUUGGAUUAAAUGCAAGCGUUCGGCGUAAAAUUACCAACGAGGAGAUUCCUAAGCGCGACGUAACCAUCGCGGACGAAAGCAACAAGACGGUGGUUAUUACUCUAUGGAAUGCCCUUUCAAGUGAUCAAGGAGCUAAAUUAGCGGGCAUGGUUGACGAGGCACCAAUUGUCGUUUUCAGAUCAGUCCGUGUCAGUGACUAUCAAGGCCUAUCUCUUUCAACUGUCUCUCAUAGCACGGUCUUGAUCAACCCCGACAUUCCAGAGGCGAAAGCCCUUCGUCAGUGGUACGAAGAGACUGGGAAAUCUGCAUCCAUGGCCCCCGCUGGAGCAAAUCUGCCGGGGAGGAUGGGAGGAUCUAUGAGCUCAUCAGCUGCAGCCGAGCGCGUUAAACUGGCAGAUGUCACUAAGCCUGAAGUCGGGGAAGGAAAGCCCGCAUACUUCACAGUGAGGGCUUGUAUUAGCUUUAUCAAGCCGGAUCAAGCCAUGUGGUACCUAGCCUGCACAGCUUGCAAUCGCAAGGUGAAUCAAGAAUCGGAUUCAUCUUACUGGUGCGAAGGCUGUUCGAAGAAUUAUGAUACUUGUAACCGCAGAUACAUCAUGCUUGCCAAGAUCUCUGACCAUUCAGGGGAAGCCUGGAUAUCAGCAUUCAACGAGCAAGCAGAAUCAAUUCUAGGCCAUUCGGCUGAGAGACUGAAUGACAUCAAGAGUCAGGACAACGAGCACAAAGAGUACCAGAGAGUGCUGAAAGGGGCUGCAUGGGAGUCAAGAAUGCUGCGUAUCAGUGUACAGCAAAACGAGUAUAUGAGCGAAAAGCGUCAGCGUAUCACAGUUCGUUCGGUGUCUUCAGUGGAUUGGGCUGCCGAAUCCAAGCUUCUGCUCGAAAGGCUUUCCACCCUCCAUUGAUAGUAGUCAAGAAUAAAGUCGCUAGGGCUUGACAUUAGUCAUAGAAAAAUACUUACACGAAGUAUUUUGCUUAGUUAGAAUACUCGUCUGUAAAACACAGUCCAGUGUACAUAGCCGGCAUAACAUCCAGUAUGUUUUAGACUGGAGUAUCUGGCUAUGUACACUGGAUUGGUAAUGUACAGACAAAUUGUAAAUAGUUAGUUCAAACUCGGCUCAUGCCUUCGAACUGAAACGCUCAGUGGAAGGUUGAUGUUUUUAUACAGCCUUUUUGUCGCAAUUCUUACAUGAAUUUCAUGAGAUCAAAGCAUAUUCCAAGCCGAUGUUCGCUUCAGUCUUGUUUGACGGUCAAUGUCGGCAAACUCUAUCACUCCGACAAAUUUGGACCAUAGACUCCCUCUUUCCCUACCCACGAUACUUCGGUACCCGAAAUAG